ACCAGAAAUGAAAGCGACCGAACAGCGGCGAAACUUCCCCGUUGACACAAAGUCCGCUUUGUUCUGCCGUUCAGCAUCUGCGACCUGCCGCCCGGGACAGGUGACCGGAACGGUGCACCCGAGGCCGGGAGUUCGCGACUCACGGGGGCUCUGCAUGACGGAGCGGGGGCGGAAACACCGAUACCGACUUCAUUUGUUUCUCUUCAUCUAAAAUGAAAGUGGGACUGAGAGGUGGUGAGUUUCCAGAUGAGCGGUAAAUAAAGCCCGUCGCUUUGCUCCAGCUGACUUCACAUCGGCCUCUCCGCUCACCUGACGAAGAACCAACAGGUAAGAUGGCUGCGGACAAAAUCAUCGUUUUCUUUGACCUGGAGACCACGGGAUUAGAUACUGCAGUGUGUGAUAUCAUCCAACUGGCCGCUGUCUACAGGGGGAGGGUCUUCAAUGAACACACGCUCCCCCGCCGUGCCCUGACCACGAGCGCCACCCAGGUCACGGGGUUCAGAGUAGAGUCUGACGGCCUGUGGUGCCAUGGCGACCGCGUGAUGACAAUCCCUCUUGCUGACCUUCUCACCUCUUUCCUCGCCUUUCUGCGCUCGUUCCGUUGCCCCGUAGUGCUGGCGGCCCACAAUGCAAAGCGUUUCGAUGCGCCCGUGCUCACCAGAGUGCUGCGGCAGUACUCCCUGCUGCAGGAGUUCCAGCAGGUGGUGUCGGGCUUCCUGGAUACCUUCCUGCUGAGCAAGAACCUGUACCGGGGCCUACCCGGCUAUUCUCAGCAGUUUUUAGUCUCCUACUUUCUAGGAAGGUCCUACAACGCUCACAAUGCAGAGGACGACGCCAAGAUGCUGCAGGAGCUGUACGAGGCGUGGACGCCUGGUGAAAUGGACGUCUUGAGAGCUACGUUUAGUGCUAAUUCAUUGUAUUUUUAUUGAGAAAACGGCUAAAGUUCUAGCCUGAAAGACAAAAAAAAAACUCCCUAUGGGGAUGAACGUUUUUCAUUAGAAGUGUUUUAUUUUUGUCAUCAUGCUUCACUGAGUGAAUGGGAACAUUAAAACACAAAGAAAUAAUAAGAUAAUGGUUAAAUUAAAGGUAUUUUGAUCAGAGAAUAAUGUUACAGGCAUUACUUUAUUUCACUGGUAAUGUAGCUCUGUGCUUUGUUGUACAUGUCUGUUUUUGUAAGCAGUGGCUUAGUUUCAUUGUAUAAACCAUUACAAUUUCAUUUACUUUACAUUUCUAACAGCGAUUAGCACCAAAUAGUAUACCACAUGGAAACCUGUGGAAAUGUGUCUUCUUGCUUUCUUUGUGGAAUAUAAUAACGUAAAAGGUUUGCUGGACAUCAAACAAACAUUUCAUCUAUUCCACCUGAUUCAUCUAUCUGUUUAUACAUCUAUCAUGAAGAGAAAUGGCUCUUUAAACUCUAGGCUUUUACUCAUUUUGAAUGUAUCUUGAGGUGUUUUGUGCUGUGCACGUUUGGCUUCAUCCAGUAUGAAUAAAUACUGACAUUGUUUAAAGGCUA